AUGAAUGGUUCUACGCAUGAUGAGAUGCGCGAGACAGAGCCGAAGCGGGUGAAAGUUUAUAUUUUAGAAAACAACGAAUGGAAAGAUACUGGAACGGGAUUUUGUGUCGGUAGAAUAAGUUCUAAUGAUCAAGAAAGCUCGAAAAGGUCCGAUAAGUGUAGUAACUUAGCCGCGUACCUGAUGGUCAACGAUGAGGAGGCACCAGAUAGAGUGCUUUUAUGGUCGCGAUUAGAAGGUAACAUAGAAUAUCAACGACAAGAAGAAACUCUCAUUGUCUGGAAAGAUCUCACAGGCCAGGAUAUUGCACUGAGUUUUGAGGAAAGCACUGGAUGCGACGCACUCUGCGAGUUUAUUAUCCAAGUGCAAAAAUCAAUGGAAACGUAUAUCUCUCUAGUUGCCGUCAGAUCCAACGAUGACGGCAUGGGUUCAGUUCAUGAAAUCAUUACAGGUCCUGUGAACUUGCCUUCGAAUGAGCACCAGCAAGAUGAGAAAACAUUAAUGGAGGCUUUGAAAAUCCUCAACGAAAAUACAGCAUUUGAGUACCUUCGUAACGAAACCAUGGAAUUCGUUCUCAAAUCUGACUACAUCAACACGCUUAUCGCCGUGUUUGAAGCAGCCGAGCAUAAUCAUCUGCAUCGUGAUCUCCUUCUUUUGAGCAAUAUCAUAAAAACACUAACACUUUACAACCAGCGAGAACUGCUGGAACAAAUGGUAGAUGAUGAACACGUAUUGGGAGUUGUGGGAAUACUUGAAUACGAUACAGAGUUCCCAACUUCGAAAGCCAACCAUCGAGAAUACCUGCAACAUUCUGGUCCUAAUUUCAAAGAGGUAAUACCGCUUCAAAGUGAAGAAAUGAAAUCUAUUAUCAAAAAGACAUAUCGUCUGCAGUUUUUGAAAGAUGUCGUGUUAGUGAGAUUCUUGGACGAUCAUAGCUUUAACUUGAUUUCCGAUGUUAUUCUAGAUUUACAGACUUGCAUAAUUGAUUUUGUGCAAACGGAUGCUUUCCUAAGCAGGUUAAUGGAGAUUUAUACGGGACAGAAUAAAGAUCACGAACAGGAAAAAAAACGGGAUGGAAUCAGAAUGUUACAUCAAUGUGUUCAAAUCACCAAAAACCUCGAACCGGUGGAAAAAUCGAAGUUUUUCAAGGCACUAGUCAGAAAGGGUCUUUUUAAUGUGUUUGACUUUGCAUUCAAUGUUGAAAAGGACAGCAGUAUACGAAUAUUAGCCACCGACAUGGUAAUUACAAUUAUUGAGCAUGACAUUUUACUCAUCAAUACGGUAAACAACGAACUACGACACCAAAAUGAGGUACUAGAUGAGGAACAACAGCAUGCUAGCCAACAAAAGACAGACAUAGUACGAAGUUCCAUGUCAUCUGACGUAUCGUUAUUAUUAAUUCUAUCAAAGAUUCUACUAACUGACAAAAGUCUGGGACUGAAAGAACAGAUUGUGCAAGCCUUAAACACUCUUUUACACCCAGAAGGCUGCAUGGGAGGUGAUUCCAAUUAUGAUGGUGGAAACAUGGAUAUAAUUAUGAAUUUUUACGGUGAUGGCAAAGGUGGCGACAACAAAAUUUCGGGAGAAAUUUCGAAUGAUAAUUUGAGCUUUCAAAUGGCCGAGUAUUUCGGUAACUUUUACAAAGAAGUGGCACCGAUCCUUUUCGAACCUCUAUUAGGCGAUAGUAUCUGCGAGAGUAAUGAUGAUAUUUUGCUGAUAUAUCUAGUGAAACUCAUCUCCUUUAUCGCAACCGAGCAUAAUCGCAGGAUAUCACGAGAAUUUAUUCUGGAAAAAGGAAUCCUUACUAAAAUGGCCAAACUCAUGGAUCCCAGUCAUAUUAUGCAACUUCGUCUUACCGUUCUAAGAUGCUUGAAAAAUAUCAUAUGCUUGAAUGAUGAAUAUUAUCAUCGAUAUAUGAUGUCAAAAAACCUAUAUGAUCCCAUGUUUCAUUUGUUGCGUGAAAACCUCAACAAGGAUAACCUUGCUAACUCUAGUAUGUUGGAUUUCUUUCGGAUAAUUUCAUCACAGUGUUCACAGACCGAGGAGAUGUCGGCCCAUGAAAAGAAUAAUUUUAUGAUAAUGAACAGAUUUCUUGUGAAAAAAUACGGCUACCUUCUUCAACAGGUUGACUACGUCCCUUAUACCAAAGAAAUGAUUCGUUUAAGUGAAGAGCACAAAGAAGCAGUCGCUGCUGCAGAUGAGGAUGUAAAAAUGGGGUUAGCGGAUGGUACACAAUCUCAUAUCAAAGAUGGUAAACGUACCUUCUCGGAAGCUCAAGAAAGUAGCGAGAGCACUAGUAGCGGAACUUACAGUAGCAGCAGUGGAGGAGCGAGUAGUAGUGGUGGAGAAGAAAGUUUAACUUUUAAGAGAGCAAUGGAUAAGAUUAGUGCUGUGUCUCCUCCUACAUCAAUUGCUGAAGACGUUUUAAGAGAAAGUCAAAAUUCAGAUAACGCAGAUACGUGA